GCAAGAAUUGAUGGACAAAUAUUAUAACGACGCCUUCCCUUUGUUAUUACAAGGACUUGAACGUGUAUUGAAAGAAAACAAUGGUGGUGAUGGAUACUUUGUCGGAGAUAAGGUCACAUUGGCUGACUUAGCAUUUAUUGACACAUGCUUCCCAAUGGUUGAGUGGAGACCGGAAGUCCUGAAAGAUUAUCCCAAGCUAAAUGCGUUGAAGCAGCGUGUGGAGAGUCGUCCUAGAAUUGCAGAGUGGAUGAAAAAGAGACCAGUGUACGUCUUUUGAUAAUGCUUUGUAUAAACGGCUCGCUAGAUUAAAUUACUAUUGUUGCAGUAUCUGUCUUAAUCUAUUUUAAAAUUAAAGUCAUUAAGCUAUAUGGUAUAUAUUAAAUAUACACUCAAUGAGAAUUUACAAAUUU